CACGAGGAUGCAGAAACCAAAGAGUACUGUUCUGCUGGGUGUGCGGCAAAGUUGGCAUCAGGAGCGUAGAGUGCUGCCGAAGGCCACAAUUGACACGGGAGUAACGUCAAGUUUCAUCAACGAGGAGCUAGCGGAUAGACUGGCUGACAAAGGAAGGAUCACAAGGACAAGACGGCAAGUUAGGUUGGCGGACGGCAGAUGCAGCAGAAUAAGCUCACAGCUCGAGAUCACGGUGAAGUUUGGAAACAAACAAUUGGAGAUGAAUCUGCUAAUACUUCCAGGAGUAGUGGAUGAACUAGUGCUGGGGUGGAAUUUCCUCACGGGAGUCGGGGCGGAAAUAAAAUGUGCCGGGCAUGAAUUGCGAAUACCGGCACGAAAACGGCAUAAUGGAUGUCUGGAAGAAAGGCUGUCGGUGGCGGUAGAUUCACACGUAAGUGAUGAAGAGGACAUUGAAAAAUUCCUCGACGAACAGUUAGCAAAAUUCAGCACUAUGUCAUGAACAUCUACAGUGGCCGAGCACCAAAUCACCAUGAAAGACGACAAGCCAAUCAAACAGAGGUAUUAUCCUAAGAACCCAAGAGUCCAAGGAGAGAUCAACGCAAAGGUGGACGAGUUGUUACAAAUGGGCUUCAUAGAACAUUCAAGAAGUCCAUACAGCUCGCCCAUUGUAAUGGUGAAAAAGAAGACGGGCAAGUGGAGGCUAUGCGUUGAUUUCAGACAGAUAAACGCGAAGUCCAUAAAAGAUGCCUACCCGAUGCCGCGGAUUAAUUAUA